AUGGAAGAUAAUGGUCAUUCUCAGUCCUCUUUUGAAAAACCUUUGAAGCGGACAAAGGAGACUGCAACUGCUGCGUAUGAAAAGCGUGUUGAGCAUCUCAAAUCAGUCAUCAAAUCUUGUGGGAUGAGUAUUGCUCCUACCAUUUACAGGAAAGCCAAGCAGGUUCCUGAAGACAAACGCGAGGCUACUUUAGUGAAAGAACUUGAGCAGAUACUUGCCAAAGAAGGGCUGUCUUCAGAUCCUUCAGAGAAAGAGAUCAAAGAAGUAAAAAAAAGGAAGGAUAGAUCAGAGGAGCUUGAGGGUAUUGAUACAACCAACAUUGUAUUGAGUUCAAGGAGAAGAUCUACUACAAGUUUUGCACCUCCUCCAAAGCCAAAAAUAACAGAGGAAAGCGAGAGCGAGAGUGAAGAGUCUGAGAAUGGAGAGGAUAAUGAAGACGAGGAAGGUAACGAUAAAGCUGAGGAAGGAAGCCAAAGCAAAGAAGAAGCUGAGGAAGGAAGCCAAAGCGAAGAAGAACCAAACAAUGAGGAUGACAGUGCAGAGGAAAGUGAAUGA